GUGAGAAGAACUAUAAAGGAACCCCGCAUUGUCUACUCUCCCCUCACCUCAAAACCUCCAUAGCCAAAAGCUCUUCCCCAAAUCUCAGGGAAGACGUAUAAAAGAGAUUGGAGCUGAGGAAACGGAGAACGGUUCGAAACAGAGUGCUCUGUUCUUGAGACCACGAGAAGUCGGUGUCGCGGGUGGGGUGCGGUCGGGUUUUUGUAAUGCGUGCGGGACCCAACUGGGCGGCUCAGCAGACCCUCACAGCGGAGGCUGCCUUAGUCCUAAGGCACUCCCUGGGCCUCGCGAGGAGGCGCCGCCACGCGCAGCUCACUCCGUUGCAUGUUGCUGCAGCUCUACUCUCCUCGAAACCGAGCCUCCUGACGAAAGCUUGCCUCCAGUCCCGGAACAGAAACUUGCCCCCUCCGGCUUCCAUCGCAUAUUCCAUGCAGAGCAGGGCACUCGAGCUCUGCUUCAACGUGGCACUGAAUAGACUCCCGACGACAACCUCGGACGGUCCGCUCAUUACCCAACCUGUGCCGCUCUCGAAUGCAUUGAUCGCUGCGUUGAAGAGGGCCCAAGCUUAUCAGAGAAGGGGCUGCAUUGAGAGCCAGCAGGAGAGCCAGACGGUUGUGAGCAUCAAAGUCGAGUUGGGGCAGCUGAUAAUUUCGAUAUUGGACGACCCGAGCGUGAGUCGGGUCCUGAGAGAAGCCGGGUUCUCUAGCAUUGCAGUGAAGGAACACAUUGAGGAGUACUGCUCUAACUCUACCACAGCCUCCUCUGUUCCAUCCGAGGGAUAUGGCCACAGCCCCCAUACUUUCAGCUUUCAUGAAUUAGGAAUCCCACUAUCUCUGAUGAGGAACCCUGAGGUGGCGGAGAUUGCAAAGCCUUUGAGUAAGCUCAAUGAACAUUUUGGGCUCAAUUGCUGUGAGGAAUGCACUUCGAAUUAUGAGACGGAAGUUCAUCUCCUCAAGCCGCUGCCCUUUUGGCUACAGUCAAUGGCCAAUGUUCCCCCUCACAAGGAUGAGGUUGAACUGAGGAAGAAGUGGACCAAACAAUGCCAAACUCUCCACCGUGACAAGCUCAGCCAAAGACCCUGCAAUUAUCCUACAUCCCAUCAUGGAUUCUGGGCAGCCCCUAAUCCAAUCUCAUUGGCUGAUCCACCCAGAACCCCAAAUCUCAGUGGCAUCAAGAAGUGUGUUUUGGCAGGACCCAACUUGGAUCUCCUCAAGAAAAGCGAAGGGAAAGAAGUUAACAUCACUCUCAGCUUAGGGGAUUUCGAUUCCUGUUAUAAAGGGGUGGAGGAAAUCUUGAGAAGGGGAGAUUUGCUUAGGAAGCUGCAAGAAAAUGUGCCGUGGCAGAGUGAUAAAUUUGCCCCCAUUGUUGAGGCCCUGAAUGACCUUAACAAGUCCAUUAGGAGGGACGUUUGGGUAAUGCUUGAAGGGGAUGACACAGUUGGGAAGAGAAGGUUGGGGCUUGCAAUUGGGGAAUCACUUCUCGGGUCUGCGGAUUCUGUUAUUUACUUCAACAUGAGGGCAAGAAGUUACAGCAUGCGGGACCUUUUCAAUGAAAUGCUUAGGAGGAGAUCAAGAUACAGUGAGAAGGAGAAGCUUGCUGUUGUCGUGAUCGAGAAUGUUGAUUUGGCUGGGUUCCAGUUUGUUAAGUUCUUGGAGAAGAGGCUCGAGACAGGCAAAUUUGCUCUAUCGAGUGAUGGAAGGGAAGAGAUUGGGGGACAAGUAAUGUUUAUACUGACUAAGGGAGAUUGUAGUUACAAAGGAGGAGUGAUGAAAGAAAUAUCUGUUGUUCAGAUGAUACUGAAGGCAAAUGAAGCUAUCGGUCACAAGAGAAAAGCCGAGCUGGGGAUUUCAAACACGAUCAAGAAACAGAGAAUUGACAACAAGGAAGAUCCAUUCGUCGGCACCUUUGACAAUGGUAGCGUCAUCUAUAGUAAGAUAGAUUUCUCGGGGGAGCGGAGCUUCAAUGCCAUUGAUCUCAAUGUAGAAGCCGAUGAAGAGGAGUGUGAAUCGGAGGACUCAAGCCCCAAUUCAAGUGACCUAACUGAGGAAACCCAGGGCCUUCAGACAUUCCUCAAGUCGAUUGAGAAUCGAUUCACAUUCAACCAUAGCACGACCAGAGACAGAGAGAUGAAAGAGCUCUUCUUCUCCAAGCUCAAGGGGGCUUUCAGUGAGGUAUACGAGGGUGAAAAUAAGGUCCAGUUCACUGUCGAGGACUCUGUCCUAGACGAGAUAGUCGAUGCAUCCGGGCUUGCUGUGAAUAGUUUGCUUGAGAAGUGGAUAAGGGAGAUAUUCCAAACAAGCUUGAACAUAGUCAGGAUUAGUGGGAGAAGUGGUGAAGGAGUUAGGCUGUGUCUUGGGGAUAGAGGAGAAGGGAAUUUGGGAGAUGGGUUUUUCAAUUCAUCUCUGCCCAAGAAAAUAAACAUCACAUUUGAGGACUAGAAGUGUUUGCUUCUCUCUGCAACUCUUUUUAGUUCCGUCAAGAUGGCAGUGGCCAUAUACUAUGUUGUGACUAACUGUGUCAUGUUCAUAUGGGGGUUAUGGUAUAUCGAUCCUUUCAUUUGGUAAAA